AUGACUUCGUAUGGAAACAACAUGUACACUCCGGAUCAGUUCAUGAAUCCGGGGCCCGCUCCCCGUCCCCCGACCGAUCGUCCUCCCAAGUUGACUCUGCCGACCAACAAUACCACUGCUUCUUUUGGCCAGAUGACCCUGGACUCGCCAAGUACACCGGCGCCGGGAUCCGCCAAUCUUUCGCUGUUCCCCAAUACCAGUAGCCCGUCUCUCGCUAUGAGUCGGAGCAAUACCCAAAGUGGAAUCACUAUUAUCAAGGAGGGCCAUGUGCGCUGCAAAGAAGACAAGUUCUUGGCCACAUGGAACUCGCGAUACUUGAUCUUGCGCGAGUACAAACUCGAAUUCUUGAAGAAUGACUCGAGCAAGGUGGUAAUCUCCUUCCCACUUUCAUCUGUUACCGCAGUGGCUCGUUCAGAGGAGUCUAAGAUGGCUUUCGAGGUCACUCGUCUGGCCAACCCGAAGGAUGCCUCGUCCAAAUCUGCCCUCCUUACUCGCGACCUGCCGACCAAAACCAUCACUUGUGAAGUCAAGUCCGACGAUGAAAUCUACGAAUGGAUCGACAAGAUCUACGAGCGAUGCCCUGGUAUGGGUGGAGUCAGCAACCCGACCAACUUCAGUCACCGUGUUCAUGUCGGAUUCGACCCCAAGACUGGUGCCUUUGUAGGCUUGCCUCCAGAGUGGGAGAAGCUUCUGACUGCCUCAGCCAUUACCAAGGAGGAUUACAAGAAGAACCCACAAGCCGUCAUCGAGGUCCUCGAAUUCUACUCGGAUAUUAAGAUGCGUGAGCAGAACCCGCAAUAUUACGCUGGUAUGAACACACCCUCCGGCAAUGGAUCCAAGUCAUACGGCAGCAGUGUCGGAAAUUCUAUCGCGCCCCCACGACCUCCCCCACCAGGGCCUAUGCAGCGUCUGGAUAGCGGCCAGUCGAAGCAAUCUGACGGUUCUAUGCGCUCGGCUUCCUCCCCAUCGCAAGGCAGAGAGUCUGAGCGUGCCGCCGAACAGCAGAAACAAGCCGAUCACCUCAAGGAGCUGGCUGAGCAGGAGCGUCGCCGAUUGGAGGAUAUCCGUCGCAAGGAGGAACAAGAUGCCUACAACCAAUCCAUCCCCCAAACCCGCACACCUAUGGCCAAGCAGGAGCUAGGUGGCUAUGGCGGAGAGGAUCCAUCCACAAACGGCCGCUACCAGCCAAGUCGCCCAGCCCCUCAGGCUCCAGGAGCUGGUGCUCGUCCCCAGCAAGACCCACGACAGCUGACUGCACAGCGACCCGCACCGGCGCCACCCUCGCAGAGUCCUUAUGGCCAAGGCGCUCCACGAGCCCCUGGUGCUCCCAGAACCGAAGAUCGUCAGGGCUCUCCAAGCUCGCGCUAUCCUCCCAACGAUGCUCGCGCCCCCGGCUCCGCAAACCGUCCUCAGCAGAAUGGCUCGAAGGGCCAACAGGCUCAAGGACCCCCUCCAACGCGUCUGCCCGCCCCUGUUCAGGCUGUGAAGCCUCUGAACAUUGCCAACAAGCAAAAUGGAAACAAGCAGAACGUCCCCGAUGGCGUUCGCCAGGCCGAAGCUGCCUUGACCAAGAAGCCGGAGCCGCGCCAGAAGGAGGUGCGCAUGUCCGCCAUGUCCGAGAACGAGGUCAUGGAUCGACUUCGGUCAGUCGUUUCCAAGGACAACCCCAACGAUUCAUACAGCAAGCAACGCAAGAUUGGUCAGGGCGCCUCUGGAUCCGUGUAUGUGGCACGUGUUAAGGAGGGUGCCACCUCGAGCGUUGCUCACGAGCUUUACCGCACGUACGGUCCCCGAUGCCAGGUUGCUAUCAAGCAGAUGGAUUUGCGUAGCCAGCCCCGUAAGGAGUUGAUCGUCAACGAGAUCAUUGUCAUGAAGGACAGCCAGCAUGCCAACAUUGUCAACUUCCUCGACUCGUUCUUGCAGGAAUCGAGCAAUGAGCUCUGGGUUGUUAUGGAGUUCAUGGAGGGUGGUGCUUUGACCGAUGUGAUUGACAAUAACCAAGUCAUUUCGGAACACCAAAUCGCGACCAUUUGUGCCGAGAAGCCCGAGAAGCUCAGCAAGGAACUCAAAGCCUUCCUGAGCGUCUGUCUCUGCGUCGAUGUCCGCAGCCGCGCCACGGCUGACGAGCUCUUGGCUCACGAGUUCCUGCAGAUGGGCUGCAGCUUGGCUAGCUUGGCGGAGCUGCUCCGCUGGAAGAAGGCUAAUGGCCAGUAA